GUUCUUAGCCCUGGGUGAAAGGACAGACCGGUCAUAAAAAGCAAGGACCUGGUCUGGACAUUCAUGUAUACGUGCUGCCAUCGCCACAUGCAUUGAGACGAGGAAUUUCAUUCGGUAAGUCAAGAGGCCGCCCCCCUCGAUCCCCUUCCCAGCAUUUCCAGCACGGACGCCAUUUAUCGGCGGGGAAAUCAACAUUGAUUCCAGGAUAUUCCUAUUCGGGUCAGACAAGAACAAGAAGAAGUAGGACUUGGAUAAUCAAACUUUGGAUCUAGAGCACGAUUAAUCAUAUUACUCAUAAUUAUGUCGAGAUAUUAACGGAUUACCGCGUCAUCAUUCUCAUCUAUUCUUACAUUUCUCAGACUGACUUCUCUUUCAGAAACAAGGAAGGACCGAGCUCGAAGAAAUAGAUAGAGCAGGCGAUGUAGUGAUCGACGAUAGACUACCGAUUCCAGGAUAUGUGCUCGGAAGUUAGCUCCUUUGACAAAGGACCUGUUUUAAAGAAACCACGUAUUUUAACUAGAGAGACAGCAAUCCCUAGAAGUGGUUUGUCAAUUCCUGGCAUUAGCGUGAUGAGGAAGGCGAUUCGAGUCCAUGAGCUUUAGCAGUUGGUAUUUCUAAUUCAAAAACUAAAAUGGAAGCGUAUACGAACUCCUUAUCGAGUCGCCCUUUGUCUGCCAGCCCUUGCAAGAACACGAUGACGAAUCGGAGAUCGCAGCCAUCGUGGCGGAUAACCCGACAAUUCUCUUCUCUCCUUCGAAGACCGUCUAUGACGAUAUUAUCAAACGCCUUAAUCUUACUCUGGACUUUUGUUGGAAUUUUAUCACCUUCUUUUACGAGAGCACAAGAUACAACAUGGAUAAAUCUAGGACUUGACACCAGGGUCCAGCAGUUCGAUGCCUUCCGGAACCCCGAGCUCUUCAUCCUUGGUACACAACCCCUGUGCAGUGAGUUACUUGGUCUGUCACCGGGACAGCAGAAGCUAUGUCAGCUCUACCAGGACCACAUGGCGCCCAUCGGUGAGGGGGCCAAGAUGAGCAUCGAUGAGUGUCAGAACCAGUUCACCAACCGAAGGUGGAACUGCAGCACGGUGGACAGUCGCAACGUCUUCGGGAAAGUCCUCAGCAUUUCAAGUCGUGAGGCGGCAUUCACCUACGCGAUCACGUCGGCGGGCGUCGUCAACGCCAUCAGUCGAGCAUGCCGGGAAGGACAGCUCUCGACAUGCGGGUGUGGCAAAUCACCUCGCCCACCCGACAUCCCUCGAGACUGGGUGUGGGGAGGAUGUGGCGAUAACAUCGAUUACGGCUACCGUUUCGCCAGGGAGUUCGUCGAUGCCCGUGAGAUGGAGACGAACCCGCAGAGGGGAAGCUUUGCCUAUGAUCGCAUGAAGAUGAACCUGCAUAACAAUGAAGCCGGUAGAAAGGCAGUUUACGAUAACGCGCUACCCGAAUGUAAGUGCCACGGUGUGUCUGGGUCAUGCAGUCUGAAGACAUGCUGGCUACAACUGAGCCCUUUCAACCGUGUCGGAGCGAUCCUCAAAGACAAGUACGACGGCGCCACCCACGUCCGCGUCAACAAGAAAGGCAGGCUGGUCAACUCCGAUGUCCGCUUCAACAAGCCUACCCGUGAUGACCUGGUGUACCUUGAACAAUCUCCAGAUUACUGUGUCCCCGACAUACAGACUGGGUCAUUGGGUACGACGGGUCGCGAGUGUAACAAGACAUCUAUGGGCACUGACGGCUGCACGUUGAUGUGCUGCGGAAGGGGCUACAACUCCUUCACAAAGGAGGUCGUCGAGAGAUGCAAAUGCAAAUUCAAGUGGUGCUGCUACGUGAAGUGUCGGAAAUGCAGAACACUGGUUGAUGUACACGUUUGUAAAUAGAAUAGAACAUUUAUUGCACAAAGAACGUAUUUAUGAUGUGACAGUGCAACAGAUAGGAGCCAUCCUACAGCUACUGCCACGUAACUUGCAGUUCAAGCCAGACUUGAACUGCAACAAAGAUGACGAUCCGCCCUCUUCCCUUGUUUAGAUGCUCUUGAGCAUCGCUAGUGUCUUCGGGAUUCUCUUCUUAAAUUCGUCGCUAAGUUUACAUCUACCGUAGAUGUACCUAACUGAUAACUGGUAUCUUUUAUGAAAGUAUGAAUUUUCGGAUCUUGUCUUCAAGUUAGUAAAGUGUAUAAUGGGACCCGAAUGUGUGCGACAAGUUUUAGUCUUCUGGCCUGAUGGCUGUCAUAGUUUAUUGUUAUUAUUACAUGUGCACAUGUAGU